AUGGUGACGGAGGCUACAAUACUCGAUCAGGAGGAGGUGAUUGGCGAUCUCCUGCGUACCAACGGACUUAUGGAUGCAAACUCGGUGCGCGCGUUGAUUGGUGACGACUGCUAUGACGAGAAUCUUGACGGAGUAGCGAUGCUUGGAGCGUCAAACAAGCGGUCUGGCCCAACGAUACGCGUGUUCCAGUCACUCGUGGGCAGCUUGCUAAGGGUUGCGCGCUGCAAAAAGCCCGACAUCGCCUUGUGCGGUGCAUAA